AUGGUUCUAUUUAGUUUUACUCUACGAUCAGUAGCAGUAUCGGUACUAUUACUCUUAUUUGUAUCAUCAUCAUCAUUACAACAAAUCAAUGCAACUUAUCUCAUCGCUGUUUCAUAUGACAAUCCAAAUUGCACGGGAGCUCCAACAAGCGCUUUCUCAAUGGUCAUUGGGCAAUGUUAUAUUGGUGGCGUCGCCAAUAUGGGUGGUAGUUCUCCCAGAUCGUAUAUGUAUAAUUACAAUCAAACAACUGGCAGGGCAUCCAUCCAAUCGUUUAAAAAUGAGGAUUGUGCCCCAAGACAAGUCACUACUACAAAGAAUAACCUUAUUGGUAGAUGUGCGUUUAUAAACACUGAUAAUGAUUUGGGACAACGCUAUCUAUCAUUCCAAGUAUCAGAACUCCCUUUACUACCAGUAGAAGGGUACUUUUUCUAUGAAAAACAUAUCAACUCUUCUAAUUGUUCAGAUACUAGAAAUGCUGGUAGAACAUUGAUUACAAGAUCUGAAGCUUUCGAUCGUUACAUUUCUUUUAUCAAGGCCGACAGGUGGAGGAUUUCGGUUGUCCCUCGACUCUCAUUAUACUUGAUCAUUUGGCAUCAUGUUGUAAAUCCUUUUGACAGAAUCUUCAAGAUCAUGGACAUUUCUACUAGUUGGUCUGGCUAUUUGACCUAUUCGGCAGGUUAUUCAAUGAGUUACCAAACCGAUGGAAUUGGUGCACAAAUUCCUCUAACUUCAAACUGUUCGACCUCCAUCAUUGGUUGCGUCCUCACUUUUCCCAACAACAUCGGGCAUCAUGUCAGACUUUAUAUAUCACCUAAUUUCUAUGCUCCACCUGGUUUCAACAUUCCGGUAUUUAUUCGUGGAAUUACAUUUCCUAUUUUACCAAGAGUAACAUCUUUCAAUGUUACUAGUUUAUUGCAUGACUCUAUUGAAAUUGUAUAUGGAGUUCGUGGUGAUUAUUUAUCUGAAGUAAAGGGUUGA